GGUCAAGACUACCACUAUAUGUGCGGCGAACUUCAUCUCCAACGCUUGCUCCAACAUUUUUACAACCCGAACUUUCAUAUCGGUGGUCUCCUUGUCUCCAGUUUUGCAACACCGACCGCUUUUUGCAAGACACCGCACCGAGGUUCCUGGAUGGCGUAGCGCUCAGAUCUCAGAGCUCAUGUGCUUUUGGACACUGAGCUGUCGUUUGCAGUACCGCGAAGUAUAUCGUGUGCAACUCCGUGUUGCUACAGCGCAUCGAUUCGCUUCUAUCGUUCCUCUCUGAUGUCUGACACGACCGUGACAGGGCUGUUCUUGAGUGCAAAUCAGGAAUGAGCAAUGGACCUAAUUCGUGGCGCUGUGCUACAUAUUUGAAGUUAUUAGCCGGCUACCAUCGUAGUCACCGAGGGAGUCAUCUGCCACGCAAACCGCUAUAGAUCGGAAGCAUUUGCACUGGAAAACCGCGGUCGCUAUAUACAGCAAUAUGCCUGCAUCUUAGGCGCUUUCGGUCGCUGAAAUCAUUCUUUAGGCAGCCUGAGCCCGCCCGAGCCCCAUGGUGGAUACCAAAAUGAAACGGAAGCCUCGAGCCUUGCAUUUAUGGCUCGGAUUUAUUUAUGUAGCAGGAUCCCAUCUUGUCAUUUUGUCAUCCCACAAGCUCCUGCUAUGCAUCCAGUGGCAGAGGAUGCACUAGGCCCUCUCCCUAUAGUCUUACCACGCCUACGACCCUCUCGCCUUCGCGGACCUCGUCCUCCAAGCACUCCCGGGGGCAGCGACGACUUUGACUCCAGCCUCUCGCUCUACAAUUCCAAGGCUAGCCUCUCCAGAUCACUCUCCAUGGCGUCCACACUCUCUUCUGAAAAGUCUUAUCAGUCAACGCAAUCUAGCUUUUCAUACUCGUCCUCCUCUUCAUACAUCGACAACUGUAUACUCUCUAUAGAUACCGAUUGCACACUUCAGCGCAAGGCGCAUAUUCGACGAGCACACCGUCAAAAACCCAAAGGGCCUCGUCCUCUUCCUCCAAUUCCUGCACGAACCAUUCGUCCUACACUUGUUAUAGACGUUAGGACGACGUCGUAUCACGACUACGAGCCACCUAUACCGCCAUUACCCCUCACACAGUUUCCCCUUUUAGCACCAACAGCAUGUACGACACCUGCACCUCAUCUCCCUUCACCUAUGUGUUUCUCGCCCUCAGAUAUGCUGGAUUGGGAUAGGAUAUAUGAAGUAUUGGAAUGUGUGGAUAGAUGAUCUAAGGUGGGGGAGAAAAGUACUCACGCAUCCCAGUCAUGACUCACACUGGUCUAGAUCACCUUUUUGAAAAAGGUGACCAUGUCCGCUCGACUGCGGCGGCGCCAGUUUCGGACUGUGUCACCAUUUCAAACUUACACCUUUCUGCUAAUGACUUUCACGUAUCUUUAUCACCUUCAUAUUCGCAUGAUACCAACUGGACAUUCAUGAUUUUCUUCUUCUGUGAUUAGUCAACGCUUGAAGCUCAUCAAACGGUUGACGUGUUACUGGCAACUUGAAAGGACAGUGAAGAAAUAGCAAACACUUUGUACAUUUUUGGACUUGAUUUAUUUUAGCAUGCAAAGAAUUAUACAAG